AUGUCCUCAGAAGUAAAGAUUGGUAGUUCAGUAUACAGAUACUGUGAUGGAAAUACAGAUCUUAAAGUUUUAAGUACAGGAGUUGGAGCAAAAGCUGCGGCAAAUGCUACUGAUGGCGUCAAAGCUAAGCUUGAAGUGGGUGUUGAUUUGGUAAAUUGUGAAUCAGGAGGCUUUAAAUCAAGAAUUGGACUCAAUGCUGACACGGGAGGAUCAAUUGGCCCUAAUGGUAUAGAGGCUAAGGUUGUGGGUGUUGGUUUUAAACUUGGUAGGGAAAUGGGUUUAAGUACUCCUUUUGGAGAAGUAUCAUUUAACUUAUUCUAA